UGCACUUGUCAAAGGGCACCGAUCGCAAACGGCGUUGUCGAGCCCACGGACGCGCACGCGCCAAUGACACCGGGACAUCCCGUCUGCUCGCAGUAUUUUAACUCACUCACUUUUUUGUCUAAUUAGAUGCCACAAUGUUGCCUUUCAAACGAACUUUCGACAGCGAGAAACAGCAGCUGCAGAAGCUCAACAGCAGACUCGUCCAGUAUCUCUCCAGAACGAAGCAGCUGGAGCAGGAAAAUGCGUUUCUCAUCACUGAAAUGAAUCGACUCAGACGGAGGAAGACGGCGGAAUGGGAGCCGAAGCAAAAGAGCGAGACCAGGGAGCUGAGGAGAAUGGUGGAGCUGCUGUCGUUUGAGAAGUCCCAGGCCGAGAUGGAGAGGGAGAAGCUAUGGCGCGAGUUGCAGAUGGUCCGGUCUCUGUGCAGCGAGCAGACCGGGGUGUGCAGGGACAUCGGCGGCGAGGUGAAGGCCUACGAGAAAGAGCUCCAGCACGCGCACAAAGCCAACGGGGAACUGCAGCAGCGUUUGUUUCAACUGGAGAACGAGUACAAGCGCCUGGAGGAUGUGCACAGGCAAGAAAAGGAUCAUCUGCGGCGGCAGGUGGAUUCCCGGGUGGUGCCCAUCAUUACGCAAACUUAUCGCGGGCCUCCGGCGGCGUCCGUGGAGGAGGUGCAAGAGUACGCGCGCACUCUCUCCGACGGAUGGAUCGAGACCUUUGACAUGUACCAGCUGAAGGUGGAAGAAAUGGAGGAGUCGAUAAAAGCGGACCAGGCGAGGCUGGGUGACCUGCAGAGGGAGAAGAUGCAGUAUGCAGCAGAGGUGGACAAAUUGCGCACAGAGGCGGAAAAGCGAAGUCAGAUCCAAUUCCACCUCGAAGAACAACUGAUGCACAUGCAGGAGAAAUUCCGCAUGGACUUCGGUGAAUAUCAGGUGAUUAUUGAGCAGCUGGAGCACGAGAGGAACACGAUGGCGGACGCUAUUGCAGAAAAGAUGCGAGAACAUCAACACCUUCUCCGGGUCAAGAUGGAUCUCGGCAUGGAGGUGGCUGCCUACAGGGCUCUCCUGGAAGGUGAGAGAUUGGAUCUGCAAAAUGCUCAUGGGAGGGGGACUCAACACCAAAGAGAAAGAAUAAUAGAUAUAAGGAUGCCUGUUAGGCCCUACACGCCAAGAGCUUCCACCUUAACCACCAGACAACAUACGGAUAUCAGGUGCACGCCGCUGACUUCGCACCUGAGAAGAUCCCCUUUGCCUCCCUCUGGGACCAUAAGUCCCUCCAGGAUCAUUCCUAUUUCAGUUGCAGCCAGAGCUCAUGAGAGUCCUGCAUCCAGAAGGGACAUGAUCUCAUUCACCAAAGCUCGGGCUGCUGCUGCCCCUUCCACCGCCAAAGAUAAACAAACAGGCCAGAGUGAAGACCAAAGCAGAAAACAUGUACAGAAAACCGCAGCAGAGGAGAAAACUGUGGAAAUCAAGCAGGUCCCUCCGGUAGAGAACAAAGUCGGUCCCAUCAAGUCACCCACUCCUGAGACCAGAUCAUUGGAAGUGGUGUCACCACAAAUGAUGAGCCUGAGCGUGAAAACUGAGACAGGAAGCCAAAGGCGAGUGACAGAUGAUCAGGAGAAAGAUAGUGUUUGUGUUGCGUUCAAAAACGAAGGAAACGCGGAGCCUAUGAUGGACGCGAUUGAGAAAAAGACAUUUGAUUCUGUGUAUGUAGAGGAGAUUAUCGAAAAGGCGUUGAAACCAGCAGGUUUGGAGCUUUGCUCCCCAGGGCAAUCACAGCUAAGUUAUCACGUGGAGAAGACUGACCAAGAGGAUGGAACUACUAAGAUGCAGAUCGUGUUGGAAUCCAAAGUGGAGGAAGAGCUGGAUUUUUCUGAGGACUCAGCACUGGAAGAGCUACUGAGCCAUGGGGUUAAAAACGUGUCACUGGAAGACCUCAAGUACACAGCAACAGGAAGCAUGAUCAAGAACCUGCUAAGUGGCCUGCAGGGAAGCGAGAACUUGGAGAAUAAGUCUAUCAAUGUGGAGAUCAUUGAGGAACCGGUGGAGUCCUACAUGGAUGAGGAGUUUCAGCUUGAGCAGAAAUCCAGAUCAUAUUUUUACGAGCCCUCCUCAACAUAUUUCCAAAUCGAGGAGCUAGAAAACGUCCCUCAUGGUUCUCAAGUUCAGAGGAGUGACGGUGAUCCCAUGGAAGCCUCCGUGACAGAAGCAUACAAUCGCAAGGGGGGAUCUGUACAAGUCCAAGAGGUCACCAGAGAGAGUGAAUCUUCAUCUUUGUCCUAUGACCAGGAGCCUAACGAGUAUUUUGUCUCCACACCAGACGAUAAUCUUUCUGAAACCGAAGAGGGGUGCGGCAUCACCUCAUAUGGCCAUUAUGGCAUCGUUGAUGACCUGUCAGAUGAGCGAUACUAUCAAGAUGAAGGCCUUUCCUCGAAAGGGGUGAUUGUAGAGGAAAGUGACAAACACAAGUCAGGUGAGCAGUCGUUCGUAAAGGAGAGUUUCCCAGAGUGCAUCAUUGAAGAAGAGGUCUGCGUCUCCCCCGUAGUGCAGGAGUCGAUGCUUGAGUUCCUGAGAGAGGGCACUUUGGAGCCCAAAGAGCAGCUGAAGGGAGCUCUGCAGAAGCUGCAAAGCUCCGUGUCGGGCCCGCUGAGGGAGGAGUUGGCCUUCCUCGCGAAUAUGAGUAGUGACGGUUCUCAGACUGUGGAUGUCAAAAAAGUGCAAGAGUCGAGUAACAACGGCACCAUGACCAUAGUCGCCGAGCUGAAUGUCUCCCAAAGUCUGGAAGACUCAGGGCUGCUGGAGGCAGGAGAUGAUUUCUCUGAAGACCAGAUCAUGGCAGCGCUUAGAUCUUCUAACCAAGGGCUUGAGAAAGCCUUCCAGGGUGGGGCAGGAGGAGGAGGGUACAGCUUCAGAAUCUCCACAGAGGAGGACGUUGUGCCAGGUGAAGAGUUUGAAGGGUCAGCGUCUGAAAUCACUGAGAGGUACAAAGAACUGGGGCCAUCGGAGAAGUCCUUCACCUUUCAGAUGGACGUGCACGGCAGCCACGCUGAGCCCUCAGAGGAGGAGCUGCGAUCCCACACCUUUGAAACCCCAAUUAAGAUCUCUCAAGAGAAAAGGGUUGCAACAGUUUACCUUGAUCGCCCAACAGAUGAUUAAGAAAAAUGUGGUCGGAAAUAUUUCCAAGGCCGGGUGCUUGCCAAUGUUGCUCGCUGCUGCGCACAUUACAGAAGUUGUUCGGACUCAGCAGCCCACACACACGCGCACACACACACGCACACACACAAGCGCGCACACACACACACGGCUAUAAUACUGUUUGCCGACACUAAUAAUGCUGUAAGCGGUACAACUUUAUGCAGUGUGUAUCUAAUUAAUUCUGGUGAACCUUUUCAGCUGAAAUUACUUGCAGUGCGUCACCUAGAACGUGGUAAACGACGCAAAGUGAAUUCAGUUAAAACGUCCCGAUUACCUUUUUGUAGUAUUAAUUGUGGCAAUACACAUAAGGUUAGCUAGCUCAAUUUAGGAUUGCGUUGGAAUGUGUCUAACCUUUUUACAGCUUGAUGUUCAUUUUACAAGAAGUUUGUUUAUUCUCUCAAGAUUUCUCUCUAUUUUUGUACUAACCUGUGCAGCUUCAGUGGCCCAUUUUACAGUUUACGACACCGUGUCACGCACAUCAUCACAUCACGUGUAGCAAGCCUGCAGAACACGGCUGGAGUUAAGAGGUGCUGUGAACUGAUUGGGGCUGAUUGGGGCUUUCAUUUUUCGUUUUACUUAACAAAAGCAUUUACUUUUAGCGUGUCGUGAGGGCAGAAGUUUGUAGCGGAGGACUGAAUAGUGGGGGUGGGAGGGAAAAGAAGGUAAUUUUGUCUUAAGAAAGUUUGGUUUUAGUCUAGUGCAGUGGCACUUAAAAGUACAAUGUAUUCAGAGUCAGACAUGUUUGAAUAAAUAUCUUUAAAGCAACGUGAUCUCCAAAACCUGUUCGUAAAAAUGUAUACGAAAUAUUUGACAUAGAAAUUCGUAACAAUACAUACUAACUGGCGGUGGUUAACCACGCCCCUUGAGUGAACGUCUCUCCGCCAUGUUGGAUUUUUUGAGGGGGUUAGGGUUAGUAUUGUAUUCUUACAAUUUAACAUUGAUUUCUCGUUAAAAAUGCAAUCAUAACACGUUUAUUUUACAUCGUUAGACUUCACGAAGUGUGUUUACGGGGUGCAGGUCCCCAUUCACUUUGAAUACGGUGACGUCAUCAGUUGCCAGUCCGUAUUUAUUUAGUAUGUAUCACUACGAAUUUGUAUCUUCAAGAUUUUCGUAUACAUUUUUACGAACAGGUUUUGGAGAUCAGGCUGCUUUAAAGGGUACAUGUCAAUACCAUCAGACAGCUAAAUGGCUUAUUUUAAACCUGUGAGUGGCGAACUGGGGAUUGAAAAUAAGGAAUUAUACCAUUAAGCCAAUAAAGGGUUUUCAAUUAAAAAAUACAGUAGAUGAAAGAGUGAACAGCAGUAGUAUAAUCUAAAUGAAGUUCAAGUAUUCAGUGUUGUUUAAGAAAAUCUAAAUCGCACCUGGUUUGGAUGUACAGCGUGUCUCGUCUGGAGGCCCCUCUGCUUGUUGACAUUUGCUGGAUUCUAUAUUGUUGAGUGGAAAUAUUCACCUUUGCUGGAGCAAACUAGUGAUCGUGACCGUAUUUCUGGAUCAUCAGCUUAGUGACAUUGACUGUCCAUUAGGGUUUGUUGUUUUGUGCACUAGCUGCAGGGGAAGAAAAGGUCGACUAUCAUCACAGUGGUUACAUCUGUUGAGCCUUUAGCGCUUCAAUUGUGGCAAUAACAAAUCUUACUUUAUACGUUACGUUAUAUGUAGGUUAUGUACACAGUGUAAUCUAGAUCUAAAUCUAGAUGACAAGCUACUCCACAGCAUAAACACGUGCAGCAUCCACAAUAUAUGUAUAAGGAAUGUUUAAUGACUCAAAGGUUCAAUAAAUAUCGGUCACCAUGGAUGGAGAACACCAUUUAUUGUAUUAACACAAUGGUUUCUAUUGAACACGUGGCUUUAAUGAUUUUGUGAAAAUAAAUGCAGCUUUUCUUGUGGAAUUGGCAAAUAUCUUAAAACAACAAUCAAAACACAGUGUUGGUGUCUUUUCUGAGUAUGAUUAUUUCUUUAAAGCUGAGUUUUUUUACCCAAAUUACAAAAUGACACAAAGAUCAGGUAAACGUACCAGUGUACAUAACAAGUAGAAAUAAAGAUGAUUUUUAACUGUGCAUUAUCUGACAAAAAGACAAACGAUUAAAAAAAUGAAUGAUAGGAAUUACUGGUCAGAACUCGCACGAUUAUUGUACUGGCAAAAUAAAACAAGAACAUUUCAAGAGUCA